AUGUCGAGUGACGCUGAUAUUCAGGUGGCCUUUCAGGAUUGUGCGGACGGAUCGAAACUCCCUGCGGCGAAGUUGGGCGUGGCGGCGCGGCUCGCGGGCGCGUCACCCUCAAACGGCGAGGUCGCGGAGGCCGCCGGCAAGAUGUCUGGAGGAGUUGAUUUGGCAGCGUUUAAAACCUUUUGCAACAACACACAACACAAAGACGACGAUCUCAACGACCUUAAGGAGCUCUUCAAAGCGGCAGACAUCGGAGGCUCGGGAAAGAUCGGGAAAACUGCGAUGAAGAAUAUGGUCCAGGGCUACGGCGAGCCUCUCAGUGACGCCGAAUUUGAGGCGGCAGUCAAGGACUUUUUGCGUGACAAUGGCGAAAAUGUUGAUUACGCAACCAUGCUCGCGACGAUACUCCAAUCCUAA